AUGCUUCUCCCUUUUCGUCUCCUCCGCCACGGGCGGCGGCAGCCAUGCGUUAUGCAAAUGCAUCGAGUACUGAAAUUGAUUAAAGGAAACCAGAGAAAAAUCCUAGGAUGGGCUCCACAACCAUCCCAACCCAUCAUUAUCUCUCAUCUUUAUAUUUUCUCCCGAUCUGCCAUUUCUCUCUCUUCCCCACCUACCAUCUCUAUUUCUCUUCUCCAUCGUUCACUAUUUCUCGCCGGCGUGAAGAUCCCACACACACCACCAACUCUCAUGACGCACGCACAGGAGAUCAGAGGCGUCUUCCUCCUUUGGUCGGCGGCCGACGGAACUGAAGCGACGCGGCGGUGGACUGCGGUGGACGACGGCGUUGCGGCGCGUUGA